AUGAACUCCUUCGCGCAAUAUCCGGUUUAUAAUCGACCUUAUUCGUCACCCAAGUCGGGCUAUCAUCUUCAUCACCCUCAUCACCCCCACGGCCUCGUGGACCAGCUCAGUGUCCCGCUGCAGAACUCGCAGCGUGGAGUCAGCGGGCCGGCGGGCUACGACGCGUACGGCUCGGCGGAGGCCGCUGACGCGCAUGAGCAGCAGCAUCUUCUUCACCAUGGCUACCAGCAUCAUCUUCAUCACGGAGGAAUAUUCCCGCCGUGUCAGAACGGAACGUACGUGGAGCAGGCCUGCACCUCAGACGCAGACUUCCCGGGUCCCGCCGUCCAUCAGUUCUUCCCGGAGGAGCCCGUGCAGGCUUGCUCCUCUUCCUCAUCCUCCUCCUCGUCAUCAUCCUCCUCAUCCUCCUGCUCGUCCUCCUUCUACCAUCACGCAACUUUCCCCGCCGUCGGCCCGAGCUACGGCGCCUUGGCGGGAAGCUACUGCGGGAACCAGGGCGCGCAUUUCCCGCCACCUGUGGACGCGACGGGUUACCUGCAGGGCCUUCUUCCCGCGGGAGGCUUCGGAGAAUCACCUGGCGCGUGUCAGGAAAGAUUCAGGGAGGAGGAAGAACUUCUUCAUCACGGACCAACUUUUGAGUGGAUGAAGGUGAAGAGGAACCCGCCUAAAACAGUCAAAGUGUCGGACAUGAACAACGCCAACAUGCGCACCAACUUCACCACUCGGCAGCUGACUGAGCUGGAGAAGGAGUUCCACUUCAGCAAGUAUUUGACGCGAGCUCGACGUGUGGAGAUCGCCGCCACGCUGGAGCUGAACGAGACGCAGGUGAAGAUCUGGUUCCAGAACCGACGCAUGAAGCAGAAGAAGCGCGACAAGGAAGGAACGUCUGUGGGCACCGCUUCUUCUUCUGCUGCUUCCUGUCACGGCAGCAAGGAGCAGGACACCGACCAAUCAUCUGCCUCCUCCUCACCAGGAACCUCCCCCGAGUCCUGA